AAGAGAGAGAGCGCAGAGAGAGAGAGAGAAAAGAAAAAAAAGGGGACAAUGCGCCAUGGCCGAUCUUCCAAGUGUACACGUAUCUCCUCCUCGACGUCCCACACGCGUGAUCUUCGGCCUGCCCGCAACCAGCCCAUUUUCUUCUUGGAGCGCUGGAUGCAACUACCGGUUGGACGCCCCGCGUGUAGCGUGUAACAACAACACAUCGAGCGAUUCAAAUGCCCUCCAUGUGAAGGCCGUUCCACAACACUUCCGAAACCCAAAGAUGCGGCAUCCUCCCCAGCCACCUCUGUUUUUCUUAGCUUUCUUCUCAACUCAAUGCCGACACGAUCCUUCCAUCUUCAGAAACAUUGCAAACAAAUGGGUUGUGGAUUGAUUACAGCAAGUCUUCCGUGUGUAUGCGAUACAAUGGCUGCCUCGGACGAUAAAUGUCCAAAAAUGUCCAAUCUUACAUAAGGUUUGGCCAAACGUUGACUGACGUACCGGAGAAGAUACUCAAACUUGCGUUUCAUGAUCUCAAUAUGCAUUGAAAACAGGAAGCGCCAUGGGAGACCAGCUGGUGCUCGAAGCUAGGAUAUGCCAGCGGCUGCCGCAGAGGGAUAUCGCAGAUUCCGCUCGA